AGAGUUGAACAUAUAUACACACACACACACUAUGCCCCGGUAGCUGCUUGCAUGUGCAAUGGAGCAAUCGACGCCGAGAACAAUGGCGCCGGCAAGGUCGUGGCUGCUGCUUCUCUGCCUCGCCGCCGCGGCCACAGCCGGUGCACUCCAAGCUCGUGCUCAGCCCGACAGCAUCGGAUUCAUCAGCAUAGACUGCGGCCUGCCGGGGACGGCGAGCUAUGUGGACGACACCACCAAACUGUCCUACGCCCCGGACGCCGCCUUCAUCGAUGCCGGCUCGAACCACAACAUCUCGGCAGAGUACAUCACGCCGCUGCUAUCCAAGCGCUACCACAACGUGCGCAGCUUCCCUGACGGCGCGCGCAACUGCUACACCCUCCGGUCCCUCGUGGCCGGGCUCAAGUACCUCCUCCGCGCCACCUUCAAGUACGGCAACUACGACGGGCUCCGCCGCCCACCCAUCUUCGACCUCUACGUCGGCGUCAACUACUGGACGGUGGCAAACAUCACGGACGCCGACACCUCGAUGAUACUGGAAUCCAUCGUCGUCGUGCCGGACGACUUCGUACAGGUGUGCCUGGUGAACACCGGCGCCGGGACGCCGUUCAUCUCCGGGCUGGACCUGAGGCCGCUCAAAAGCUCGCUCUACCCGCAGGUGAACGCGACGCAGGGCCUGGUCCUCCUCGGCAGGAUCAACUUCGGCCCGACUGAUAUUACCCUCGUCAGGUACCCUGAUGAUCCACACGACAGAGUAUGGAUCCCUUGGGUCGACACCGCCUCCUGGAACUCUCUAUCGACGACACUGAGGGUGCAGAACAUAGACAACGACCUGUUCGAGGCGCCGUCAAAGGUGAUGCAGACGGCGAUCACGCCACGCAACGCCUCCAAGAACAUCGAGUUCUUCUGGGACUCGGAGCCGCAGCCCAAGGACCCGACGCCGGGGUACAUCGGCAUCAUGCACUUCUCCGAGCUGCAGCUCCUGCCCGGCAACGCCGUGCGCCAGUUCUACAUCAACCUCAACGGCGAGCCGUGGUACCCGAAGGCCUUCACGCCGGGGUACCUCUCCACCGACGCCACGUACAACAGCAACCCCUAUCGGGGCAUCUCACGGUACAAUAUCUCCAUCAACGCCACCGCCAACUCGACGCUGCCGCCGAUCAUCAACGCUGUCGAGGUCUUCUCCGUCAUCUCCACGACAAACGUUGCUACAUAUUCCUUGGACGUAUCUGCCAUCACGGCGAUCAAGGCGAAGUAUCUUGUCCAGAAGAACUGGAUGGGUGACCCGUGCGUCCCAAAGACUCUUGCGUGGGAUGGGUUGACGUGCAGCUAUGCCAUUUCCAAUCCUCCAAGAAUCACCAGCGUAAACCUAUCCUUCAGUGGUCUGAAUGGCGAUAUAUCGUCUUCUUUCGCAAAUCUCAAGGCCGUCCACUACGUGGAUCUGUCACACAACAACUUGACAGGCUCAAUUCCAGACUCCCUUUCACAAUUAUCUUCACUGACAGUUUUAGAUUUGACAGGGAAUCAGCUGAACGGAUCAAUUCCCUCUGGACUCCUCAAAAGAACUCAAGAUGGCUCCCUAAGUCUUAGAUAUGGCAAUAAUCCAAACCUCUGUACCAACGGCAAUUCAUGCCAAACCACGAAACGGAAGAGCAAGCUAGGCAUCUACAUUGCCGUUCCUGUUGUUCUGGUUGUGGUGAUAGCAUCAGUGGUAGUGCUACUCUGCUGCUUCUUGAGACGACAAAAGCGAGGACCAACGAACAACGCCGUGAAGCCUCAAAACGAGACGCCGACGAGCCAUGUCCCAACUGGUGACGCGUACGCGCAGAGCUCGUUGCAACUUGAGAACCGCCGGUUCACUUACAAGGAGCUGGAGAUGAUCACGAACAACUUCCAGCGCGUGCUCGGCCGGGGAGGGUUCGGGUUGGUCUAUGAUGGGUUCUUGGAGGAUGGCACUCAGGUGGCUGUCAAGCUGCGAUCUGAGACUUCCAAUCAGGGUGUCAAGGAGUUCCUCGCAGAGGCUCAGAUCUUGACACGGAUUCAUCACAAGAAUCUAGUGCCCAUGAUCGGUUACUGCAAGGAUGGGGAGUACAUGGCGCUUGUCUACGAGUACAUGUCAGAAGGCACCCUGCAAGAGCACAUCGCAGGAAAUGGCCGCAACGGGGGAUUCUUAAGCUGGAGACAGAGGCUCAGAAUUGCACUGGAAUCAGCGCAAGGAUUGGAGUAUCUGCACAAGGGGUGCAAUCCGCCUCUCAUUCACAGGGAUGUGAAGGCAACCAAUAUCCUACUGAAUGCCAAACUAGAAGCCAAGAUCGCUGAUUUUGGCUUGACUAAGGCUAUCAAUCGUGACAACAGCACGCAAGUAUACACGAAUUCGCUUGUUGGUACAAUUGGAUACGUUGAUCCAGAGUACCAUGCAACGAUGCAGCCGACGAUAAAGAGCGACGUGUACAGCUUCGGCGUGGUGCUGCUGGAGCUAGUCACGGGGAGGCCGGCCAUCUUGCACGACCCGGAGCCCACCAGCAUCAUCCAGUGGGUGCGGCAGCGGCUUGCGCGGGGCAACAUCGAGGGCGUCGUGGACCCGCGCAUGCGUGGCGACCACGACGUCAACGGCGUGUGGAAGGCCGCAGACAUCGCACUCAAGUGCACCGCACAGGCCUCAGCGCAGCGGCCCACCAUGACCGACGUUGUGGCGCAGCUACAGGAGUGCCUCGAGCUCGAGGAGGCUGGCGCCGGCGGUGCCGACGUGAAUGGCAGCUUCUACACCGGCAGUAGUAGCGACCCGUACUCUGGUUACAAUGGGUACGCCGCUGAUGGCCAGUCCACUGACGUGAGCCAGAGCAGCACUACAUUUGAGAUUGAGCAAAAUUUUGGGAGGACGCCAACAAUGCCCACGGGCCCUGCUGCACGAUAAUUCUUCUCUUUUGAACCUACUGCACGAUAAAUCAAUGGGAGUCAUUGACAACAUACCCUAGCGCCGCUGGGGUUGUUGGCAAUCCUGAUUCAGGAGGCUGUUAAGACAAAAAUGUUUAGCUUGGUCAUCGACUUGAGUAUUCCAAGGAAACGGGUUGCUUAUUUAGAAUCUUCGAUGUAAAUGUUGGGUGCAUACUAUGAAAAGUAUAUUUAUA